AUGCCGAGAAAGAAAACACCUUUUAUUCAAAAGAAACACUCAAAUACGUAUUCAAUUUCUGCUGGCCAUAAUGACUUUAUUGAUGAAAAAUAUGCUAGCCAAGGUAGUAUCCAGAAACCUGAAGAAAAUGGUAGCGAAACUGGUGCAAGAAAAACCGUUUCGGAAAGUUCUGGGCCGAUUCCAGAGCAACAAAACCGGAAGGAGAUAUUAGAUUUGUGCUUGUUUGAUGACGGAUAUGAUUACACUCAACAUUUACGCUCAGUUGAGUUAGACUCUCUCGUCAAAGUUAGUCCUAUCUCUACAAGAAAGCAAUCCCUUUCGUCGAAUGCUUCGCACGAUGUUUCAAAUCCACAUAUAUUUACAGAUCGCUGUAUGGAAAGUGAAAUUUUAGAAGUUAUAGAAACUAUUGAGACAAUAGAACUAAGUGAUGGAGGGGAACAAGAAACAGGAGAUUUAGAAGAUACCUUCUUCUUGGAAGCUAUGCAAGGAGAAAAAGUGCUUUCUGACGUUACAGAUAAGCCAAUCCUUCUGUCAGAAAGAAUUUCAAUGUCAUCAACGUGCACAUUUCAAUUAGAUCGAACAGCCUCGCUAAACAAGGAUGAAAAUGAUGACAAUUGUAUGUUACUCCCAAGUGGCAGAGUUCAUAGCGAGGAAUCGAGAAGAACAGCAAAAAAUGUUCAAGCAAAUAGUGGUCAAACCCAAGUCCUUAAAACUAUUUCAAAAAUGAUUACCGAAGAAAUAAUUUCAACAGUCGAUUUAAAGUCGCCCGAAGUGAAGUACGAUAAAACAAGACUUGGCGAGGAAAACCUGCAUAUGUUGAAGGAAACUUUUUUGAACUCACCUUCAAUUAUUAAAGAUGAUAACAUAAAGACUCACCCGAGUGUAAGCAUUAAGGAACAAUCUACUCAGAAUGAUGUCUUUCUUUUCAACACAGCCAUUCCUGAGAACUGGAGAUGGAAUAUUAGAAGGAAGGGUGAAGAUAGAUCUGAAAAGUUAGAGAGAAAACAUGCUGUGAAAGAAGGAAGAAGAGUUGCACGAUUGGCUAAGAAAAAUUUAAAGAAAUCCUUUAAAGAACUCAAUCAAGCCACAAAAAGUUAA